UUCAACAUGGAGGCCGUGCCUCGGAUGCCGAUGAUCUGGCUCGAUUUGAAGGAAGCUGGGGAGUUCGCCUUUGCGACGGCUGUCAGACAGUACAUUUUGAAGCAUUAUGGAGAAAAUCCUUCCAACUACAGUGAGGAAUUAAAGAAGCUUGAACAGCUCAGACAGAGUGCUGUGAAUGUUACAAGAGACUUUGAAGGAUGCAGUACACUGAGGAAGUACUUUGGACAGCUUCAUUAUCUGCAGAGUCGCAUUCCUAUGGGGUCAGGAGAGGAAGCAGCUGUUCCAGUUACAUGGACUGAAAUCUUUUCUGGCAAGGCAGUAACGGUUGAUGAGAUUUGCUAUGAGCAGGCCUGCAUUCUUUAUAAUUUGGGAGCCCUUCACUCGAUGCUUGGAGCUGUGGAUAACAGAGUUACUGAGGAGGGCAUGAAAGUUUCCUGUACGCACUUCCAGUGCUCAGCGGGAGCUUUUACCUACUUGCGAGAUCACUUCAGUCACUCAUUCAGUGUAGACAUGAGCCACCAGAUUCUCAACCUUAACAUCAAUCUCAUGCUGGGACAAGCUCAAGAGUGUCUUUUGGAAAAAUCCAUGUUGGACAACAGAAAAUGUUUUCUUGUAGCAAGAAUCAGUGCUCAAGUGGUUGAUUAUUAUAAGGAAGCUUGUCGUGCACUGGAAAAUUCUGAGACAGCUUCACUUAUAGGAAAAUUUCAGAAAGACUGGAAGAAGCUGGUACAGAUGAAGAUUUAUUACUAUGCAGCAGUUGCACAUCUUCAUAUGGGCAAACAGUCAGAGGAACAACAGAAAUAUGGAGAAAGGCUUGCUUACUUUCAAAGUUCAUUAGAUAAGUUGAAUGAAGCAAUGAAGUAUGCAAAGGGGCAGCCAGAGACUGUACAAGAAGCAUUGCGAUUUACUAUGGAUGUAAUUGGAGGAAAGUACACUGCUGCCAAGAAGGAUAAUGAUUUCAUCUACCAUGAGGCUGUUCCUCCCAUUGAUUCGCUGACGUCUGUGAAAGGAGCGUCUCUGGUAAAAGCCCUUCCUGUUAACCCAACUGAUCCAAAUGUGACUGGUCCUGAUAUCUUUGCAAAAUUGGUACCAAUUGAAGCUCACGAAGCCUCGUCUCUGUACAGUGAAGAGAAAGCAAAAUUAUUGCGUGAAGUCGUUGAUAAAAUAGACACCAAGAAUGAAGUCUUAGAGCAGUUCAUGGAUUCUCUGAGGAUUGAUCCAGAUUCAGUUGAUAAUUUAGACAUGUAUAAUCACAUACCUCCAGUCCUGAUGGAAAAGUGUGCAGCGCUGAGUGUCCGACCAGAUACUGUGAAAAGUUUGGUUCAAUCUAUGCAAAUUCUGUCUGGACUCUACACUGAUGUAGAAGUGUCAUUAAGAGAAUUGAAGGAACUUAUAGACCAGGAUGAAUUAAUGGAGAAGAAAUUUCAAGAGGUGACUGGGAAAAUGACCCAGCAAGGCAAAACGUUGGAACUCAGCAAGGAAUGGUCCAAGUACAUGGAAGUGCAUGAGAAAGCUAGCUUCACCAAUACUGAGCUGCACAAAGCAAUGAACUUACACAUUAGUAACUUGCGACUGCUAAGUGGACCCUUAGAAGAUCUUCGAGCUGCUCUUCCAAGCCCCACUGUCUCAGAUGAGGAAAAGGCUACACUGCAGAACAUGAAACGUAUUUUAUUGAAGGUUGAAGAAAUGAGAGACCAGCGCUCAUCUCUUUUACAGCAGCUCAGAGAUGCCAUUCAAAAGGAUGAUAUCACUACAACCCUAGUUACAACAGACCAUUCAGAAAUGAAGAAGCUCUUUGAAGAACAACUGAAGAAAUAUGACCAGCUGAGAGUUUACAUUGAUCAAAACCUUGCUGCCCAAGAAAACAUCUUGAAGGCUUUGACAGACGCUAAUGUUAAGUAUGCUGCAGUUAGGAAAUCUCUCACCGAAGCAGAACAGAAGUGGAACAUUACUAUUCAGAUGCUUGUAGCAUCAUUUGAGGCUUAUGAAGACCUGAUGAAGAAGUCUCAAGAAGGAAAAGAAUUUUAUGCAGAUUUGGAAAGCAAAGUAACCCGGCUACUGGAUAAAACAAAAGAAGUUUGUAAAUCUCAGGAAGAACAAAGACAAGUGGUGUUGGAACAGGAAAUUAAAAAGAAGCCACCACCAAGGCCUACAGCACCAAAACCUUUACAAAAACCUUCUGAUGCAGAACUUGAAUCUUUGUCAAGUAUUGAAGAUUUAGAUAUGCAAGCAUUUAAUGCAGCACUUGCUUUCAGUGAUCUACCCAAUGAAUUGAAGAGCUUACCACCAAACUCUUUGGCUUCACACAUUAGUGGAAUGUCUGUAGAUGGCAUUGGACCAUAUCCUAUGGAUCCUGCAGGUUUUCCAAGGAUAAAACAUGCAGCUCCAGAGGUUUUCUUUGCUGCUAGGACUACUAGUCCACCACUACAACCACCAUUACCCGGUCAACGGUUUCCGCCAGCUACGUCAGUAUCGGGCCAUGUGCAUCCAUAUUUUCAUGGGGGAGCAGUUCCACAGCCAUCAUGUUCCGUUGGUGGUAUAGCCCAACCACCUUAUGUAGGAAUUAGUCAUUCGGGGCCUCCUUCAAUCAGUGGUGCAUCUGGUGUACCUCCUCAUGGCAUGGGUUCAUCUGUCUCCUGUCCUGUCCUCCCUCAACACAUCUCUGCCUCUUCACCACCACCACCACCAGUCUUUCCUGUGGUUCCCAGAACUAGAGAUCCCAAUCCUGGUCAGCCUCAGUUCACGUCUGGCCAUUUGCCUCCAAGGGGGACUUCACCACAACACAUGCCAAAUUCCAUAUCUGCUCCUUCAGUGGGUCAUCCUUAUAGUACUGCUGGUCCUUAUGGAAUGGGGCAACCGGGUUCUUCAGCUGUACCAGUUAACACUGGUUUGCACACACCUGCUCCACCAGUUGAGCCUAUGCUUGCUCAUCCUGGACAAUUCUGUAGUCCGAUGCCUGGAGCUAACACAGUCCCUCAAUCAAAUAUAGGAGUUAGACCUUCAACCACAACAGUAGAUAGCAUACAGACUCCAAUUUCUAGCUUCACACCGGAUCCUCAAAUAGUGACAGGGCAGAUGAAUAGGCAGCCAGUCUAUGAAACAACAAUGAAACAACUCCCCACUGUUUCAGCUGGAGUUCCUUCUCUACCUGGAAUGAAUGCUGUUGGUCAGUAUCCAUACCAGUCUGGUGGCCAGGUGUCUCAUUUUACUAAUGUGCCACCAUUUGUUGAUCCUGCCCAGGGACCACAGCGUGUGUUUCAACACCCGCCACAGAUGCAUCCAGAUCAUCAACUGCAAAUUAGGCCUCAAAUGCCAACUCAACAGCCUUACCCAUCACAGUUCUUUCCUCAGACUAGGCCACAGUUCCAGCCUCAGACAAGACCUCAAAAUCCAGCACAGAUCCCACCCCGUCCUUCAGUACCAAUGCCAGCUCAGCCUCGGCUUCAGAUGCAGCCUCAGCUAAGACCGCACCUCUAUCAACAUCCUCCUCAAGAUAAAAUUGCUCAACCUGGUGUUCCCACUCAUCCAGGCAACACUGUUUUUCCAGCAAAUUCAGGUAGUGUGCAGCAACCGAGACAGACUGUUCCUGUUGCAGUGGUUCCACAAGUUCAACCAUGCCAUGCUCUACCACCUGCCACAGAGACACAGCCAGUGACUUUGCUUCCUGGAUCUUCAGCUCAAGGGCUCCCAGGUGUGCCGUUUACACCUGUCCCACCUCAGCUUCAUUCUGGAUUGCCACCAGCACUUCUACAAAACCAUAUUGGAGCACCACAGCCUAUUUCGUCUGGCCAUCUUUCUUCUCAUCCAGUCCAGCCUACAUCCAGUACAGCUGUUGGCCAAAUGCAAUCCAGCGCAUUUGGACCUGGAUCUCCUUUGCCUCCUCCAGCAUCCCCCUCCCCAAAGCCUGCACAAGGACAGGUCAGUACUCUUCCUGCAGCAAUGCAGCCCACACCAAUGCCUGGGUCUACUGUCAUGCAACAGAGGCCACCCCAAUCUUUUACACCUGGUGCACCUACAUCAACUCAACCUGUCUCAGAAGUACCUUUCCAGAGACAAAACUCUUUAACUGAUGACCUUCUGUCAUCUAGUCCUGACAGCCAGCAUGGAGGGCCUCAGACAACUGUGACUCAGCCACUUCUUCUGCCAACUAAAGCUGACGCAAAGGAAGGGCAGAAGCCAAAGGGAAUUCAAAUCAUUGAGAAAGAUCCCUAUGAGAAGCCUGAGCAUGUGAAAAUGUUGCUGAGCGAGUUGGAAAACUUUAAAGUCAUUAUUGAUUCAUUGGAUAGGCCAUCAUUUGGAACAUUGACUGAACUGGACUGUAAAUGGAAAGAUUUACAGGAUGCUCAAGAGAAAGAUGCCCGACAAUUAUCUAUUGCCAUUGCCCGCUGCUAUACCAUGAAAAACCGUCAUCAGGAUAUCAUGCCUUAUGAUAAAAAUAGAAUUAUAAUCCAGUCUGGAAAAGAUGACUAUAUAAAUGCAAGCAUGAUUGAGGACUUAUCAUCUUACUGUCCGAGAAUCAUAGCUACCCAGGCGCCGCUGGUGGGAACUGCAUCGGAUUUCUGGCUAAUGAUUUAUGAGCAGAAAGUGUCUCUGAUAGUUAUGCUUGUCUCUGAACAAGAAGUAGAGAAGCAAAAGGUAGUCCGUUACUUCCCUGCAGAAAGAGGCCAACAGAUAGUGCAUGGGCCCAUUACUUUGACGUUGACCACACAGAAAAUAACACAAACUCAUGUGGAACGUAUGAUUGGGCUGCAGUACAAAGACCAGAGUCUGAAACGGACAAUCAUUCACCUGCAGUUUACAUCGUGGCCUGAGCUGGGGUUGCCUGACAGUAAGAGUCACUUGCUGCGUUUUAUUCAGGAAGUACAUGGACAUUAUCUGCACCAGCGUCCACUACAUACCCCUGUUGUUGUCCAUUGCAGUUCGGGAGUCAGAAGAACUGGUGCUUUCUGUCUUGUCUAUGCAGCGAUACAGGAGGUAGAGGCCGGCAAUGGAAUCCCUGACUUGUCUCGGAUUGUGAGGAAAAUGAGGCAGCAGAGGAAACACAUGCUACAAGAAAAGCUCCACUUGAAGUUCUGUUACGAAACCAUUCUCAAGCAUGUGGAGCAGGUUCUACUGAGGCAUGGGGUUACCACCAACCUUACCACCAAAACACCCAGCAGUUCAUCUCAAAAGAUUUAUUCCCGCCAGGAAUCGCAGGACUUGGUCCUGGGAGGUGAUUUGCCAAUUAGUUCCAUCCAAGCAACUAUUGCAAAACUUAGUAUCAAGGCAUCUGCAGCGACCAUCGGGGACAGCAAACCAAACUUACCGCCUUCACUUGACCCAAGUUUCAGUGUGUGGCCUAAUUUGCAGUCUGAAGGUUUGCCAGUAUCUGCUGAUAAUUUGCUCCAGCAGGACUUGAUAGUUGAGGUUCCUAGUUCAGUGGCAGAAUCGGCCGCACCACCACAGACAUCAACAUCAACUCUACCUCUGGUCACAGAAACUAACAGGGUAAUUUUGGACAAUUGUGAUUCAACCCAGGCACUUGAUAAAAUGAAAGUGGGUCUGGGGAAUCACUCAGUUACCACUCAACCAUGCAUUACCAACCACAUCACAGAAGCAGAGAACAAGGCUUCCUCCCUGGAUCUUCUGGCCUCCUUGACUGCAGAGGCCUUCACUCUGGACACCAACCCACGGAACAGGCAGAAAAUCAGCAAGCAUAGCUUCUUGCAACCCCAGGAUGGCCAAGGCCUUCAGGCCACUCAAACAGGUGAGGAUCCCCUGAGCCUUCUGGAUCCACUCUGGACUCUAAAUAAAAUGUGAUGUAUUGGUCAAAGACUAAUUUCUAAUCGAGUGGUCAUCCACUAUUACUGGAAUAAUUGAGACAUGGUUUUCUCUGUAAGAUGAAACUGGAUCAGCCUUCAUUGCAGUGUCAGCAACACAGAGCUGGAGUGUAAUCCAGUUUGUUCUACAUAAACCAGGAAAAUUAGCAUCCGAUCUUGUAUAAUAUAUAACUCCUAUAUGUAUAAAAAGUUAGGAAUUGCCUUUUCUCUACCAUUAAUGCAAAUAGUAGUAAAUUAUUGUCUACACUCAUGGUUAUGUUUAACCACUGUCUUACUACAAUUGGGACAAAAAAUCCUAUUUCCAAGUAUCUAUAAUUCGUAAUUAAUGCUGAAGAAUUUUGAUCUGUUGCAAUUUGUUUCAAUCUGCAUCAGAUGUUUUUUGGAAAUCUUGCAUGAUUUGUUUUAAUUUUCAUAAAAAUUAAUAUUCUGGAAAAUUACUAUCCCCUUUUUGUUUUGCUGUUGAUAGAUCUUGUCAUGCUUCAUCCCUUUUGCUUGUUUUUUCUGUCAAUUGUAAAAGAAUUUUGAAGCAUCUUUUCCCCAGAAACUUCUAGAUAAAAUCUUUCAAAGCCUCUUUCCCUUGAACAUCUUAAAUACCAUCUAUAUGUGCCUAUUCUGAUUUUCCUGUUCUGUGGUUAGUAUCAUUCCCUUCCUGUCUUUGGGCUCUGAUGCAAUUCCUUGGGGUUUUGUCUGUUUGUUCAGUAUCUUGCCUGCAAUGUUUGCCCUUUAUGUCAAGCCUGGAUAGUGAAGGUCUGUGGUUGACUUGAAAGCAGGUUGGUAUUAGGUUCUGAUUCUGCUGGAGAAUUCCUUCCCAGCUGAUGAGCAAUUUCAAAGUUCAUGACCCUGGAUCAGUAAUUGUGCUUGGUUCCUUCUGUUGGGGCUGACCUGUAUCUACAGCACCUGAAAUGUACCAAUUUUCGUUCAACCUCAAGUGCUCUUGCAUGGUGAGUUACAGCAUGUUUGUAAAAAUCCACCUGUGAUUUCAUCAAUAUUAAGAGUCUGGGCUGAUCAGCAGUGCAAAACUUCUGUAGCUAAGUGGAGAGAUUAGUUUUUUGAGAUCUGACCAGUAAGCCUGGUGAAGCAUCCACAGAUAAUUUGAUGCUUGUUGCUGCCAUGGGUCUGCAGUAACUUUUGCACCAUACAGCAGAGCUACCCAUCAUGGGUCUGGAGCCAGGUUAAACCUAUUUGGAUAGUUGUAACUAAUUUGUUGGAGAUAAAAUAUUAAAACAUUAAAAUGUAUUACAAAAAUUAAGACAUUGGUGAUAUAUUGACCCCUUUCUACUAGGAACAACCUUUGUAGCAUUUUUAGUAUUGUACAUAUCAACAAUCUUAGCUCCAAGGCAGUUGAGGUUCUUGUACUUUGCAAUUAAACUUAAAAGGAAACAAGACCAUCACUGGCCUUUUUAAUUAAAAAAAAACUGAUUUAUUGAUAAUCCAGUUAAAGGAACCUGGACUUCCAGUUUUCUAAGUCCAAGACUACUGUUUGUAGGUUUGGAAAAUAACAGCUUGUUAAUGUAAUUUGGAAUAUGUUUAAGAUUUUUUUUUAACAUAAUUCUAAGUUAUGUCAUCUAACAAUUUAAAAUAUUCUUCCCCACAGUUUGAAAUGGAAGAUUCUAAUCAACACUCUUAUCCAUGCUGUGUUCUUACAGAAUCCAUUUGUACAGCCCAUCUAAGAAUUUCUCACAAAGGAUUGCCUACUGCCAUUCAUGCUGACUUAAAGCAAUCUUGAAGGGAUACUGCACUCAGAUCAGUGGAAGCACUGGUUCCCUCCAGUCCCGUCAGUCCCAUUCCAUUACCAUCUCUGCUAUUACUAAUCUAAUCAAACAAUUUUAUUACACCAGUUACGACCCCAACACGGACUCUCUCAAAAUGCUUCCCAAAGCCAUAAAAAGGCCUCAUUACAAAUAUUGUACCUGAGAUUAUUGAUCCAAAAACUAAGUUUCUGUAGAAAUCUUCCCUGCUAGGAUUAAUACUUACUGCAGGACCAUUAUCUUUUAAAAAAAAAAAUCUUCAAAAUUGGUCUAAAUCUGGGGUCUCUAAAAUGGCCAAGUUACAAAAUUCAAUAAAAACAUUAAAUCAGAGGGCAGACUAUCAAAAAAAAAAGGUCAAACAGCAUCAAAAAUUGUUGACUUUAUCAGGGCUAAAUCCUUUACUAGCAAUCUCACUUCACAUCUAGUAUUUUAACAUCACUUUAUCACCCAACUAAUACUUCACAUCCCUGAAUAACACUGGGAACUAAGAUAUUUUUAGUUAAAAUAAAGUCACCCCUGUUUGUUUGCAAGGUUAUAGCCAGCCUAAGUGGAGUUAAGGUGACCUCUUUGGCGGGGUUAUCUUCAUGCAACUUGUGCAUGAACGCUCCAUUGAGAAGAAUGUGCCUUACCAUAAGGCUGUUUAACACCAGAGCUCAGUAACUUCCAGCAAGUCCGCUUAGCUGGCCAAAACUGUUGUCCAAAAGAAACCACGUAGACAUGACACAGCAAUGGUUACAAAGUGUAAUGCAGUAUGACUAACAGAGGUAUCAGUACCCUAUUUAGUUGUUGAGGCCACUGCUUCUGCACAUUUACCAAUUUGCACAUUACUGCCUUUCGAUUAUCUAUCACAGUAUCAUUCUCUGUUAAUUUACUUUGUAUCCUGAUGUGAUUGAGGACUAUGCCAUUAAUAUAGAAGUAGCCAAUCAUUUUGCUUUAGCAGGGAGUUUUAUGGGCUGUUGAACCUCCAUACUAUAGUUUUAAUACAACAAUAUGAUGAAUAAAUUUCAUUAGUACUUUUCGGUUAGUGGUUUGGUAAUUAGAGUAGAAUGCUGGCUGGAUUCAGUGGAAACUUCCACAAUGAGAGAAAUUGCGACAAAGUAUUCUACAGCCAAAAUCUGAUGAAUUCAAAGAGAUUAGUGGUCAGAUUUUUAAAAUUGACAUUCUGUUACAUUAGGAAAUCUGUAAAAAUUCAGUUAAAGAUUUCACAAUUUGAGUCAUUAUCUAAAACCAGAUGUUGUUCUUCCCAUAGCUAGUACUACAAGAAAAGAAAGAAGAAAUUUGUAAUGGAAGAGAUGGAAAAGGGAUUUGAUUGAACACCUAGUAACUGAAUGUCACUUAAGUGGGUAGAGAGGCUUAUACUACUUCUGACCCAUUUCAAAUAAUGAAUUUCAAUGAUGAAUCUUCAAAUGUACAAGAUGGCUGGCUGUAUAAACUUCUUUAAUGCAAGCACAUCCUGUGAUGUGCAGAAUACACAGUAAAAUGUAAUCAAAUCAAAAGGCAUCCAUAAAUACUUAGAUCUAUAUAGAAUUUUGAAGCCAAGGCUAGGGAUACCAUGAAUUUCAUUGAAAAUCUAACAACAACUAACAAUUUUGGGCAUGUUCCGAGGAUUGACCAACACUUGUAGAGUGGAGUCUGCAUUUAAAACUUAAAUGCCUCUGGUCCCUGCAAGACACUGACAAACAGAAAUUCAAUGCAGAUUUAUAGUAUCUGCAAGUUUUUUGAUUUUUAAUAUUGGAGUAACUGCUGAAAUAUUAGACAUGUAGCAUUUAAUAUGUAACAUCAUUAAUCCUAACUCUUAAUUCAAAUUACAGAGAAUUGGUAUAGGGCAGGUGUGGAUUAAUAAAUGGAACUCAGCUGAUUUUAUCUAUUGGCUGUGGUAGGAAUGUUACUGCAAAAAAUUAAUUCACGGCACCUUACUAGUAACAAUUUGUAUUUUAGGGUUGUUUUGAUUUCUCUAUUAAUUUGGUCUAGUCCAGCUAUGGAAAGUUUUAAUAAGUUGAUGAUUCACAUCCAUCAGAUCUUGGUGGUGUGAACAUAACUAAAUUAAAGAUGUUUCUCAUCCAAUUGGCCUUUGCCAAUAACAGUUAAUUCUAAAUCUGCUGGCUCUCAGCACAGUUCAAAUGGGGAACAAAUGAACACAACCAGGACUGAAAUGAUUCAGAAUUAAUGUUUGAGGUUUUAAGACCUCUGAUCCAACGGUGUAUCUCCCACCCCUAAGCAGUUUAUUCUCAAUUUUCUAAGGUGUGUUCCAGUGCAAAUGAAAAUCAAACAGGCUGCAUACAAGUUAGCCCAAAUUGAGUAAAAUUUUCAGGAAAGCUUUUGACUUUUAAUGGAAAAAAUGGUGUAUCAGUACUGUUAGGGCAGUUAUGAUUUCUUAAAUGAGUAUUUUUCAAGAUCUCUGACUUAACUUUUUAAGAAGAUGUAGUGUGUGUAUGAAAUCAAGGACAUAGAAGUUUACUGACGGGGCUGAUUAGCUUAAUGUGUGUUACUCAUGAUCUGUCAGUUUUCCUGUGUUUUUAUUUUAGUCUGUUAAGAGAAAGCUCAGGACAUCAUAAUCUAUGUCUUAAUCGCUUUGAUAAUUGCAAGUGCAUUUUUGGUUUUCAUUGAUUUUUUUUGAGGCUGAAAUUCUUUCUGGAAUGAUUAGUACUAAAAGCUGAGUUGCAGCCUGGGAUUUGGGGCUGUGGUUAAUGUUCUGAUUGCUUCCACUGGAACUCAGAAACUAACAUGCUCAGUACUCGUGCUUUUGAUCUGAUCUUCGAUUACUAUUGGAGAAAAUACUUCCAACUAGAGAUGGAUGCCUGUUACCAUGGGAGUCUGACAGCACAAAAAGUGCUUUAGUACAAUGUUUAAGUUCAUUUAAAAAAAAAAUUGGGGUUUGACUGUAGUAAAGCCUAGUAUAAAAACAUGUAGGUAAACAUCUUUCACUGAAGAAGCAAUGGCUUCUAUUGGGCAAGCAUGUCACUAGAGUGUUUAAAUACUGAAAUAACAUUGGAAUCAAGAAUGUAGAGUUGUAGUUCCAGUUUAGUUUGUACAGAAAGCGGAUGUUAAUUCCAACUAUUACCAAACUCUAGGAUGGUAGGGAGCAAUAUUCCCUCUAAUUUGUAAUGACAAGUGUGCGCAAAAAUCGUGUGCUGUGUAAUUUUCUACCCAGUGCCAAAAACAUAUGCGCUCUGAAUGAUUUCUUCAAUAAAACAGUAUAAAUAAGACAGUUCUAUAAUUUGCAGACAAAUCAUUACAAACUCUACGUUGUCAACACUGUCCGCAUCAGAAACUGGAAAAGGGAAAUGUGAUUGUGUACCAUUGUGAAAAAUACUUAACAUGCAGUUUAAUUCCUUUGUGCACUAGUAACACACACUCACACUCUCUCACACCCCCCCCCCCCCAAGAGGGAAUAUUGGCAAGAAGAAGGAACCGAACAUUUGAUUACCAGGCUGUGGAGUUAACAUCUGAACUUUUACUUUCCUCCUGUCCUUCUCAUUGCCUAUAUUGUGCCCCUACUCGUGAUUGUUUCUUAGAUUCAGCACUUAAAAGAAAGACUGAUGGGGAGCACCUUAGACCAUAAGAUAUAGGAGCAGAGUUAUGCCAUUCGGCCCAUUAAAUCUACUCCACCAUGGCUGAUCCAAUUCCCUCUCAACCCCAUUUUCCUGCCCAUAACCUUUCAUGCCCUAAUCAAGAACCUAUCCUUCUCUCCUCACCCCCCCUCAGAAAUCCUGCUUCAUGUUUGUUUCUAGAAUUAUAUCUUUAUAAUGGUGACAGAGUAUCUCACUCCAAAAUCUGAACGAGGAAUCAAUGACACAAUCCUCUGCUAACUUUGAAGAACAUACUAGGCUUGAAUGCACUAUGUUUUUAGGUACAGGCUACAAUUCUUUGGGCUUGGUUGGGGAUGGGAACUCAUUUCCUCAUCUGAAUUUGACAGUUCAGGUUCUCCAAAAUGCUCUUUAAGCAAUACAAGCUAUUUGUCAUUUUGAUCUGUUGAUUUCAGCCCUGCAGAAAGGAAGUCUUGCAUUUUAUUACUCAAACUUACUAAUGAGUUUUGGGUGAACCAAUGGUUGUUUGAUUUUAGUUCAUAAAUUGACUUGCUAUUCUGAAAUGAGUGCUUUCAUUUCUUUGUUUACCUCUUAAUCCUUUUAUUUAAUCCUUGUUCAAUUGUAAAUGGUAAUCCUCAUCUUUAAAGCCUGAAAAUUUGUGCCAUCGCAGUGAGUCACAAUUUAAUGUGAUCCAUUCUAGUAUAACACAUUGUGAAUGUGGGGGGGUGGGGGUGGGGAGGCUGUAAAGAAGAAUCAAGUCUUUCAUUGGACUUUCCAAUAUCCUGCAUGUGUACAUUGUCAAAUAACACUAAUUUCAAUGGUACAUUCCACUGUAAUAUAAAUGUGCUAUAAAUAACUAUUUGAUUACUUUGUUGUCCCACGUCAUUUUUUUUGUUUUGCUGAAAGGGAAGUUAUUUCAUGACUUAGUCACUGAUUUAUGAUCAUGGGCUUAUUAUCUAGCUGCCGCAGGUGACCAUGCCAGAAGCAUGGAAUAUUUCAUUCACUGAAAUGAUAUUCCCUCAAUUGUAUUCUUUAGUUUUAAAAUGGAUAUCCUGACAACCAAAUCUAGGAAUUUUCCACCAUUGUUGUUUGGACUAUCACAUAAUUUAGCAUUUGAAAUGUAACUUCAAUAGUCCUGCAACAUUACCACAGCAAACUGAGACCUAAUUGUAAUGGAUUAGGGAAUGUAUUUUCUAUAUUACAUCUGUAGUUAUACAUCAAAAAUAGUUCAAUGGCUUUAAAGUACUUUGGAACAUCCUGAAAGGCAUGUGAAAAGCAGUAAGUAAAUAAAUGUUCCAAAUAAAUAUGAAAUAUGUGCAAAUGCAACUUUUCCUUCAUGCUAUCUUGAUAUUGCUGAAUAUCAGGACAAUUGGUUAAGUUGUUAACAUAUUACAUAGAGCAAUAUCUGGUCUAAAGUUGUACACUUCCAAUCAUAUCACACUUUCAAAACCCCAGCUAUUGGGUAGGUGGAAAUUAAGUAUUGAGGUUGUAAUUUGUUCAGUCAUGAUCCCAUCGAAAGGUUUAGCAGGCUUGGGACACCAAUUCCUGCUCCUAAUUUAUAUGCCCAGAAUGAUUUCCAAAUAAUGAAGUACUUUAAGAUUGUAGAAUACUAGUGAUUCUAACAAAAGUAUGAAGUUCCAGUCAGUAUUCUGGCAUAGAAGUGAUCGCUACCUGAAAUAAUGACAAGAAUUUGGGUUUAAAGUGUACUUAUGACCUCCUUGCCCAUAGAUUUGUUCAUAUGCCUCUGCAGCCAAUCAGUGCACUUACUGUGGUGUACAAGUAUUUCUCAGAACGAAUUAAAGUCUCCUCUCAAUUUCUAUUGUACACAGACCUUGUAACGUAUUAAACAUUUCAAUAUAAAAAGGAUUUAAUAGGUAAUAUUUUGCAAUUUCCCUUGGUUUUGAGUGAUGUGUACAAUGGUGACAGAGACGGCAGAAGAUGGAAUUUUGAGCAAAAUGUUUGAAGUUCUGAUGAUUAUCUAACUUUCUGUAUACCACCAUAACAUAUAUUUGC